CCAAGAUCUAGUCACACACUCGCACAAUCUGUGUGUGUGUGUGUGUAUAGCUGGUCAGAAAAUGGCAUCUGUACAAUGCCCUAGUAACUCAUUUCGUUACAACACAACUCUAUGCGCCUGCAACCCAGGGUAUCUCUACAACGCCACCACCAAAAGCUGCGAUUUGUUCAGCGUAUACGGAAACGAGUGGAUGAUGGACUCAGGUGUGGGGUACUCCAUCACUUUCCCGGCUACUAUAUUCUCCUUCGACUCCAUCAAGAAGUUCACCCAGUCCCAAGCAGUGUUUCUGGAGGCCACCGUUAUUAUGCUCCUCUCUUGGCUCGCUUUCUGCUUCUUUGUCCGGUUUGGAAAUCUUGGAGAUGGUCGCACCAUCUGGUUCAAGAUCCGCUGGUGGAUUAGCCGCCUCGAUGUCUGUUUUGCCACCCGCCAUUGGCUUGUAAUUCUCUUUCUCCCCAUGUAUUUAUAUAUGUAUGUAUGUGGAUAUUCAUUAACAAACGAGAUAAACGCGCUGGCGAAGCUUGUGGAAUCAGAAGGAGAAACUUCCCCCAAAAAAAAAGAAUCAAAGGGGUGAAGUUUCAUAUGAUUUGGAGGUCUCUCAACUUGUGUUGCUUUUUGGAAUUCUGGAUAGUCAUCAUUUUGGUGGUUAUAAAUAUACAUGUGUUUGCUUAUCAAAAAUAAAUGUACAUGUGUUUGAGACUUUGUUU